AUGCUUUCGCUUCUCCUCUCUGCUGAGCUUACAGGGGUCACCGACCUUCGGCCAAAGGACACGGAGCAAGAACCACACUUUUACACCUUCAAGGUACAAUGCACUUCCUGCCGCGAGGUGCAUCCAAACUGGGUCAGCUUCAAUCGCUUUGAACAACACGAGAUUCCUGGAAGUCGGGGCGAGGCCAACUUUGUGUGGAAAUGCAAGCUUUGCCAGAAAACCCAUUCUGCUUCGAUCGUCAACGGUCCGCAUGCCUAUGAGGGGGAUGAGAAGGGCAAGGGCAGCAAAGUGAUCGAGAUCGACUGUCGUGGACUGGAGUUUACGGAGUUCAAGCCUGAUGGAGAAUGGGAGGCAAAAGGCAUUGAUUCAUCCACGCCUUUCACUGGUAUAGAUUUGUCCGAGGGAGAAUGGUAUGAUUAUGACGAGAAAGCCGGGGAGGAGGUCUCCAUCAAGGAAAUCAAGUGGGAGGUAGGAAGAGGUUGA